UUCCUCGGUCGAACAAGCAUUUGGUCAAUCAUCCAUCCAUUCUGCCGAAAUCGAUGUUCUGCCGGUCUCUCGUGAAUUAAAAAGGGCAUCAAACGGACUACGCAAUGUGUCAGACGUUAUGUCGAGAGAUUUAGACCGAACUGGACAAAACAAUCUAGUUAAAUCGGAAAUGCCUACAACCAAAAGAGCCAGCGAUACAUCCACCAACGAGUUUAUUUCAUUUGAAUCGUCAGGCGAAAGGAAACGCUCAUCGAGGGACUUGCGUUUAUUUCGCAGUGAUGGUCCGAUCAGCGAAGAUGAACUAGUGUUGCUAAACGUUGCGAAAAACUGUUGUAAUAAUGGUCAAAGAGACUCUCAUGAGGAUGCAAUAGCACAUUGAGUUCAACUUCACUAUCAAAAGACUUGUCUGCACAUAACAGUAAAUUCAAAUCAUGUCACUCCGGAAGUAUUCAACGAAUGUCUCUCACAAAUAGCAAAGAAAGACCAGUUACGAGUCCAAUUUGCAAUACUAGAAACAGCUUUUCCUCACCAACCCCCCAAAGACGACGUUCGUCCUCAAGUUGCCGUCACCCAUCUCCUCAUGACCUCAAGGGAACAUCGGCCACGACGCCCCACCAGUCCCGCCACCGGCCCCGGUUGACCGCGACCAGAUGGGCCAUCGCACGGGUGAACGAGUUCGACGAUGGGGCGAAAACGUACGAAAUUCUUCCGGAUGCCGCCAAACUACUGCCGGUGGUUGAGGGCCGCAAGCCACUGGACGUGCUACGGCGGAUGCAGAAGCUGCAAAAAACCGAACCGGUUCCGGAACUGACCGCAACGGAAGUUAUUUUCGCGACGCUUCCGGGGGGUCACACGAUUGCGUACAAAAGUGAUGAGGCCAAAUCGCGGUGAUGUUGAUUGAGAUAUAUAGAUUUAAAAUAAACUCGAUGAACGAUGAUGGGGCCAGCCCUACUGAGUAAAAUUUACUGAAGAG